AUGGUUCAACACCGUAAAACGCUUAUCAUAUUACUAAUAUGGCUAGCGCGUAAUGUCCAGCAAAUCGAUAGCUUAAUUGCCUACGACUGUUCGGAUUCAAAGACUAAUGUAUCGGUUAUCUCGUUAAAAGACGUUCAAAAAUGCCCGUCGCCGGAGUCGGCAUACGCGAGUGCGAAAAUAAACGUGCAAGUCAUACAACGGAAUGAACUUAAAACACAAAAAGUAUGGACUUGCUUAAUCGAAGUUUCACGAGUAAUGUUCUACUGUGGCAUGCACAGCCACACGUCAAUAGUUAACGGAGGUCUAUCAACCACCAUUCACAAAUUGGGAGCGGAAGAAUGCAAGGCGCUACACCAAUACCGGAAACUUAAUCUCUUUCACCAAAUCAUAAGCAAUAUAGUAAUGAAUGGGACCACUACAGCUUCAAUAACGUUAGAAGGUAAACUAGAUAAUACAGGGACAUGUAAAGGCGUAAUAUACCAAGAAAAUGGUAACGUCUGGAACGAUGUAGUCAUAGUCGCAUCAAUCAAAAUCCUUACCAGGGACUACUCAGCAGCCGUCAACUUAGAAGAUAAUGAAAUACACCUACAAGGAGGAAUCACUUGUCCAUUUCUUAUAGGAUAUUGCAUGGACUCAACUUUAGGAGAAUCAACAAGUUACGAACCAAUAACAUGCGAAGAUCAUCUAAGUCAAUUAUACAAAGGAAAUGCAGAAAUGGUAACAAAUAAAGCAACAAUGGAAGCAGUCAUAGUAGUAGAAGAAGACAUGAAGAUAUUUUCACUAACAAUUCAAAAACGAACAAUGGUUUGCGGAAUAGAAGUCUGGCAAACAGAACACCCAAGAAUAAUAAUAAGCAAACAAAAAGACCGAAGAGGCCUAAAUCCAACAAUGCCAAUGUUGCCACAAAACGUCAACCUCAUGGACUAUGUCAAUAGUAAAUUUUUGUACAUAGAACAAGCAUAUAAAAGAGAUAUAGAUCGAUUAUAUGUAGACACAAUACACAGAAGGUGUUUAAUGAGGAGAGAAAUCCUAAAGAAUCGACUACUAAUGGCACCAAUACUACCAAAUGCAGUAAGCCAACUGAUGCAACAUGAACCAGGAUACGUUGGAAGAGUACUUGGGGAAGCGUUGUAG